CAUCAGUUCCAGCGCGAGCUGCUCGUCUGUCGGUGGCCUGGAGCCUGAAAACUUUCACAACUCUGUCCAGGUAACAGAGUAGUUCUGCAGACAGCGUGGCUUUGUUAACGUUAUAAAAACCAGAGAGAUGAGUCAGAGAGAGCAGGAGCCCGAGGACGUCCCUGCAUACCUGAAAGAUGAGCCAUUAGAUGGUGACACAUGCAAGGAUCAUCCAGAGAAACAGCCAAGCAUGAUUGGCAGGUUUGCAGGGGGCGUGUUUGGUGUCACCAAAGGGGCCGUAGGAGCGACGGUGAGUGGCGUUUCCUGGAUAGGAGGAAAGAGUCUGGAUCUGACAAAGACCACUGUCACCUCUGUAGCUGCUGUGCCUGCAGUGGGUGUGGGCCUGGUGAAAGGAGGACUAUCUGCUGUAGUGGGAGGAGUAACUGCUGUUGGUUCUGCAGUGGUCAACAACGUUCCCCUCAUGGGAGGAUGUAAGAAGAAAGACAAGUCUGAUUGAUGGCGAGUUAAGAAAAGCACAAAAUUUGUCGUGCUCAGACUGUGUGCUUCUUUUAAUAUUCAGUCAGUGCAAACGAGAAAGAAAAGACAUUAAGAAUGCAGAAGGUUAAGGGUUCGAGUAUGGGUGAGAGGUGUGUGCUUAGAGGUUUUUUCUUAUUUUUUCCAUUGCCUUUUUGUUGACAAAGCACAUGUUCUUAUAGACAUUAUCAGCAACUAAGCAGGGGUUGACAGAAACUUUCUUGCCCUUUUCUUUUUAAACACUUCAUGGAAUAUUGUUGGUUCAAAAUUGUAUGGAGAAAAAUGUUGACUGCGCACUGCUGUAUUUGUUUUGUGUAUUGUUUUUAUUUUUUUUAUUUUUUUGCUGGAGCUGUAAAUGCAGUUCACGUGUAAGAUAGUCAGUGGGUAUUUACUCUAUGCUGGUUUGUAAAUAUAAUUUUGAACAGUCUGAAUGAUUUUCACCAAAUAUGAAGUAGUUCAGAAUGAUCUUUUUAAGUUUUGAACCACUUUAUUUUUUGCAGGUCCUAAACGGAGUACCUUGACAACAUCAUUAGCCAAAGCUUUGUGUGUACAGUUACUUGGUUGUUUAUGGCUUCAUGGUUCGACUUCAGAGUAACAGAACUGAAGUGUGACUCAUCAACCUGGCACUCUACUCUUCUGCUGAACUUUCUUGGUGAAUAUAACUCGACAAUCAGACAGUAAAAUGCCUUGAUGUUCAGGAUGUUGUUUUUGUUCAAGGUGAAGGAGGUAAUACUGACAUUCUAACCAAAGAUGUGUACAGAUCAACUGUAGAUCUGAAACACUUGAUGGGUGAGAAUCUUGCAUUCUGGUGUUUAAACCAUGUAGAAGCUGCAAAGUGGGGCAAACCUGAUUGGUUGUUAUACUUUAUCUAUUCAAUGAGUUUUACAGUUGGGUUCACAUAUGUUGUUUUUCUGUAAACCAAAUUGGACAUGAGUAGACAUUUAUUCCUUUGUCAAUAUCACUUUCAAAUCAAGGUAUGUUCACUUGUCUCCUUCUAAAGCAAGCACCCCCUUCCUAUACAGUGACCCAUAAAAAGGGCACUAAAGUUGUGAGGCCAAACAUUUCCAACCCUGUCUCUGUGUAUUUACCUACGGUAUUUACUGUUGUUGGACUCCAGUAGGCUUUUUUUAAACACGGAAAAACUUGAAUAAUAGUGUUUAAUAAAUGGCCUUUAUUGUGCAUGAA